UUUCUUAAACCAAGAAAAUGUCCAAGCCAUAAAAAUAGUCAAAAAGAAACAGCAGCAAUAAAGCAGAACUUUCAGAUCAUAAGCUUACCUUGAAAAAAAAAAGUUUGAAUUAACAAAUCCAAGAUUUCAUUUGAAAAAAUCCACAAUUUCACCAACAUAACAGAAAUGAAGGAAGUUAAACUACUGGGAGUUUGGUCUAGUGUUUACUGUCAUAGAGUUAUCUGGGCUUUGAAACUCAAAGGUGUCGAAUAUGAUUAUACAGAAGAGGAUAUAGCAAACAAGAGUGAUGAGCUUAUACGACAUAACCCAGUGUAUCAGAGAAUACCAGUCUUCAUUCAUAAUGGAAAACCUAUAGCAGAAUCAAUUAUUAUUCUCGAGUACAUAGAUGAGGUUUGGCCUCAGAAUCCCCUGCUAUCAGCUGAUCCUUAUGAGAAGGCCAUAGCGCGAUUUUGGGCUGAAUUUCUAGAAGAUAAGAUCUUACAAAUGAUGCAGAGCCCAACAUUCUAUUCUUAUUUCCGAGCUGCUGGGGAAGCCCAAGAGAAGCUCGCGAAAGAAGCUAAAGAACUACUCCAUAUAAUAGAAGAUAAAGGGUUGGGAAAGAAGAAUUUUUUCGGUGGGAAUCAAAUUGGGUAUGCUGAUAUAUGCUUAGGAUGGAUUGCUUGCUGGCUAGAAUUAAUGCAAGAAGCAGCAGGAAUCAAACUACUGGAAUCUGAUGAGUUUCCCAAGUUACUGGCUUGGAGCAAGAGAUUUAAGCAAGUUCCAGAGAUCAAUGAGAGCUUACCAGAUAAUGAUAAGAUGUUGACCUACUUCAGAGGGCUAAGAGAGCGAUUUACUGCAGCUCCAGCACCCUGAUUAAAGGAUAUUACCAAAUAAUAGGCCAGUCAAAAGAAAGAAAGAGAUAAAAGACCACCAUUCAAAUUUCAUCCCAGUACAAAGACUACCAACUAAAGGUGAAGAGAAAGUGAGAGACAGAAGUAUCAGACGGAAUCCUAGCAUCAGCUUCUUCAAAUGGAUUUUCAAACUGUCAUAUUUUACCUACUAUUUGAUAUAUUCAAUAACUCAAUGAUUCAAUUUCAUGUAAGAAUUGGUUUGAAAAUGUAAUGUGUGAUACCUAUGACAAAUCUAAUUAUUGCCUAA